UGAAACAAAUCAUCUUCUUCCCCACAAAUCCCUUCACUUCCCUCUCUCUCCUCGAAAAACCAAAAGCUUCAUCUUCUUUCCCACUAAAUCAUGUCACUUCCCUCUCUCUCCUCUACCUCUCUUCCUUAAUCUGUAACCAUCUCCGAUAAAUUUCUUCAUUGAUGCAUCGUGCACGUAUAUGAGGAGUAUGACAGUGGAAGCCUCAGGUUCCUGUUUUAUGCGAAAGGCUAGCUAACUAAUCACAACCUUGUACCCUUCCCUCUCCUUCCGUUGAUUGAGCUAAUAAAGUAGAUACACAAAUGAUCGAUCGUAAAUUUAUCGAACUAGAGCAAGGGUGGGAGUUCAUGGGGAAGAUGAUUACAAAGUUGACAAGGAUUUUGGAAGGAUCACCUGAGCUGCCUUUUAUUUCAGAAGACUACAUGAUGUUGUACUUGAAAAAAUACAUGUGCACUCAGAAAUCCCCUCAUGAUUACUCUCAACAACUCUGACAAUUACAAACAGACAUUUGUGGAUUACAUACAUUAAACGGUUUUACCUUCUUUGGGACAAACGUUACGAGUUUAUGCUGAGAGAGCUUGUGAAGAGAUGGUCAAAUCAUAAAGUAAUCGAGAGGUGGUUGUCUCGCUUCUUCCAUUAUCGGGACCGGUACUUCGUUACUCGGAGAUCGCUUCCUUCUUUUAAUGGUGUUGGAUUGACUUUCUCCCUCCUUAAUUUUAACCCACUGCUGACUUCCAUUAAACCCUAGCUCUUAUCUCUCUGAUCUGCUCCACCACUUUCACCGUUUCUCUCCUCCCAUCAUCCGAAUAUCUUUCUCUUUCCAUAAUGUUGUUACGGAUAUUGAUUUUUGCAUUUGAUAUGUUAGAUGGAUCUAUUACCUAAUCUCAAAAGGUGAGUCUUCGCUCUUUUAUUUUCAUACUCUUUUAAUUCAUGUUGAUUUUUGUAUAGUUUCGAUUUUUCGAUGGUGAAUAUGUUUUUUGUAGUUUUGUUUAGUUUGAUGAUUUUUUUUGUUUUGGUUGGUUUGAUUAUUCUUGGUUUAGAUGACAAUCGAGAAAUGGAUUCCCAGUUCUGAAAAAUUAAAUUGAAAUUUUGGGUUUUGAAAACCUAUUUUAGUCGGUUUAGUUUCGAUUGUUUGAUUGGACUUUUAUGUUCUUUUUGUUAAUUUCUUUAUGUUUUCUAUCAUGUUUUAGGCUUUUAGCCAUGGAUGAGUAGUUGUUACUUCAGAAGUGCAAAAACUUGUGAUAAAGUAGUUAUUUGAUCACAUUUUCCUGGGAAAUAAUAGAUUAGUGAAGGAAUUGCCGUAAAAUUCCCAAAAUCCGACCUUCCCAAUCCCUCAUUCGUACCGCUGAAACCUCCAAGGUACAUGAUUCAAUUUAUUAAUUGUUUGAAAUAUCAAUAGGAUAAUUAUCUAAUUCUUUUGAAAAUUUUAAUGUUUAAUUUAUGAUAUGGGGGAACUGUAAUUUUCUUUUUUGUUGUCAAUUUUAACAAACUGUUUUUUUUUGUCUAAUUUGAUUGGGGUUUCUCCAAAUUGUAGGCUAAACCAAAAUACCUAAGUCAUGUACAAUGUGGACGACAAGUGUGGCAGCGUAGAAAAUUAGUAUGUUGUGUUACCUUUAUGAAUUUGAUUUCAUGGAAUUUAUUUUUAGUUUCUCGGCAUUUAAAAUUGAAGGAAAAAACUGUAAUUUGGAUUUUGGUAGAUUGUAACUUCGUAAGUUGAUAUGACUUUUCUGGAAGUAUUUGUGUGUUUGUAAUUUUUCUUAGUUAUUUCAUAUGUUUUGUUGGUUUAGAUAAAAAUUAGGUUGUGGCUUGUUAGUUCGAGAAUUAAGUAGGUAAUUGCAAGUUUUUGGGGUUUCAGAUUUAUCUCUCAAUUUCUGUUUUUUCUAGGUUUUAUGUACUUAAAAUUUGAUUUUUAGGGGUUUUUGGUGUUCAGAUUCUUAUCUUCUCUCGAUUUCUGAAUUUUCUAGGUCUAGGUAUUUAACAUUUGAUUUUAUUUGGUGUUUCAGAUUCUAAUUUUUACUAUAGUUCCUCCAUUCUUUGUUUCAAUUUCCGCAAUUUGGGUCAUUGUUGAGAUUCUAAUUUUUACUGUCUUUCCUCCCUUGUAUCCCUCCCUUACUCUUUGAUGUCAGGUUGUUUGUCGUUUUUCAUCUUUUUCACAUUGUUUUUGUAGUCGUUGAGUUCUUGAGGCUGAAAUCUACAGUUGAUGAAAUGGGUGACGAGUUUCUCCUUUUCUCUCUCAUCUUAUCAAACCCAUACACUAGAGAUCGAGCUGCCAAUUCCUAGUAACAACGAGUAGCAUUAGUUGGAAGGGUUGGGUAUCACGGGAACACUCAGCCGAAAAAGAAAAAAAGAACUUUCUGGACGAUGAAGGAUAACUUUGGGGUCGACGGCAAUGGUGUGAUAGUCCUGAGAGCUGAUCACACUGAUCCUGACGAGUUCUCCUACAACGAUGAUAUACGGCGCAAGGGUCUGAUGCUUAAAGCCUCGGGCGGAGGAGAUUUCGACGAUGGUGAACGUGAUACACACGAUCGAUUGCACCAGAAUACUUUUAGGUUGUUAGGUUAUCCGUCAUUUAUGCUGGGCAAAAGAUGGAAGCUUCUCCAUUCAUUUGAAGAAAAAUUCGGGGAGAAGUUCUUUGUACCUCCUUUAGAUACUAUGAUUUUGGGAGCUUCCGGCGCAGUUGUUUCUGUCUCCUCCUUCUUGAAGACCAAAAUUGGAGAGAGGAGGCUUUUUACAUGUUCCGGGACAGUCAUUGAAUCAUGGCAUAGGGGGACAGUUGUUGUGACUUCUGCUUGUUUGGUUUCUCACUCGGAUGAUGCUGGGGAUCUCAGAUUGGCUAAAAAUUUCAAGAUUAAGGUGCGGUUUGGACAUGAGGAGCCUUGUAAUGCUUUAUUUCUAGGAUGUUGUUUGCAUUACAAUAUUGCUUUUAUCCUUACUUUAGAAAGUUGCAAAAGUGGGCUAUUGCCAUUGAAUGAAAGAGAGUGUCUCCCAAAGGGUAAUGAUGUGUUUGCUUUGGGUCGUCAUUAUUUAUCUGGAAGCUACAUGGUUGCAUCUGGAAGAACUACAGUAAAAAAGAACCAGUUUGAUUGUGCGGAAAUUUUAUAUUCAAGUUGCAAGAUCACAAAGUGUGGUGUGGGUGGACCCCUUGUGGAUUCUUGUGGAGAACUUGUUGGCAUCAACUUUUAUGAUGGAAAAGAUGCUCCCUACCUUCCAAUUUGUCUUGUCUCGAAAUGUUGGCAUCAUAUGAAGAGAUACAAGAAAGUUAUUCACCCUUUUCUUGGUUGGAGACUUAGUGCUAUUCUGCAGCUUGAAAAUUGGCGUUGAGAAGAUCUACUAUAAACACCGAGUACUUAUUGGUCUUUUGGUGGAUAAGGUAGAACACGGAUCACCUGCGGACCUCUCUGGAUUUAGUGAUGGUGAUAUUAUUAUUGAAUUUUGUGGUAAACCUGCUGCAUUUUUAGCUCAG